UCUUUGUUUAUUUUUAUUUCCAAUGAUUUGGUUGCUUUGGUAACGUGGAAAUUAAUUGUAAACAAAUGAAUGAAAAUACGUUUAAUCUUAUGUAACAUAUGAGACAAUUAAUUAAUCUAUUGAUUUCCAGUGGAAAAUAAUGUCGGAAAAAAUUGUUCUAGUUCCAAGUUUAGAGGAUCUUUAUUCUGGUUUCAACGAUUUUAAUCCGGUUCUUGAUUCUAAGGCAUUACAAUACGAUGAAGAUUUCCAACAGACUGUACUUAAAAGUAGCUAUGGAAGACGAGGUAACACUGGUUAUCGGACGAGCGGCACCUCGAGAAUGGGAACAGCGGGUUAUAAUCGAGGACUUGUGUCCACUUCGAGACGUAAAUCAUCAACCUCAAGUCUUAAUCAACAACAAGCCCCUUCGACGGCCCGACCAAUGACCGCAGUUCGUGGUGCUGGUUACACUUCAUCGACCCAUAAAAGUCCAUCCGGUUCCGGGAUAUUCGACCCUUUAUCUCAAAACAAAUCAAGUUCGUCCUCUCCCUUUGUCGCCAAAGACGAAAAUACCCCUCAGGCAAAGAUUAAACUAUUGGAAAAGAAAGUUAAUGAUCUGCUGGAAGAAUCGAUCGAAGCCUCUUAUCGAAAUGAAUUUAAAUUAUCUUUAGAUAAAGCGAAACAAGCGAUGACCAAAGAAAGGUCACUUUCCCGACAGAAAGAGCAAUUGGCCUCAGCGGCAAUUUCAGUUUCCAUUGAAUUAACAUUCGCUGUUCUUUUCAAUCUCGCAAUUCAAUAUACUCGAAAUGAAAUGUAUUCAGACGCUAUAAGUACGUUUCAAACACUCAUCAAGAAUCGUUCAUUUGUUAAUUCAGGAAGACUUAAACUAAACAUCGGAGCAAUUUACUAUCGACAAGGAAAUUAUCCUAAAGCAAUUAAAUUUUUUCGAAUGGCUUUAGAUCAAAUACCGACCUCCCAACGCAAUACAAGAAUGAGAAUAAUGAGAAAUAUUGGUUUAUCUUUCGUCAAACUGAAUCAAUAUUCCGAUUCAAUUACAUCAUUCGAAUACAUCAUGUCGGAGAAAGGUGAUUUUCGUGAUGCUCUGAAUCUAAUUGUUUGUCAUUAUGCAAUUGGGGAUAAAGAGAAUAUGAAAAAAUCGUUUAUUAAAUUGUUGGAAAUAUCUGAUGUCAACUGUUCAUCAGAUCGAUAUGAGAUGAUUACCGAAGAUGAUGAUAACCUUUCAACGUUAAUUUUGGAAGCAAUUAAAGUUGAUUCACUUCGUAAAUGGGAAAGGGAACGUAAACAAGAACGAGAUUGGUGUAUUCUCCUGGCAUCACAAUUAAUUGCCCCAGUGAUUGGUGACACUUUUACCCAAGGAUACGAAUGGUGUGUUGAUACCAUUCGAUCCGCUGGUUACAUUGAGAUCAGCGAUGAUAUCGAGAUAAACAAGGCUGUUAAACACUUGAAGAGACGGGAAUUUGCCGAGGCCAUUGGAACCCUUAAGACGUUUGAAAAAAAGGAGGGAAAAGCGGCCUCAACCGCUGCGACCAAUUUAUCAUUUUUAUAUCUAUUACAAAACGAUCUUGAAACGGCCGAUCGUUAUGCUAAUAUAGCGAUUGACACGGAUCGAUUUAAUUCCGCUGGAUUGGUCAAUAAGGGUAAUUGUUGUGUUAAAUUGAAUGACCAUGAAAGGGCCAGUUCGUUUUACAAAGAGGCGCUGACCAAUGAUUCGUCCUGCAUCGAGGCUCUUUACAAUCUCGCUUUGGCCAAUAAAAAGUUAAAUCGAUUCGAUUUAGCCUUAAAUUGUCUUCUCAAGAUUAACAGUAUUCUCCCUAAUCAUCCAAACGUCCUCUAUCAAAUUGCUAAUAUUUAUGAAUUAAUGAAUGAUAUGGAUUCGUCAAUGGAUUGGUUUCAAUUGUUAAUCACUUUUGUUCCCUCGGAUCCUAAUAUACUUAAUCGUAUGAGCGAUAUUGCCGCUAACGAAUCGGACAAACAAUCAUCUUUCUCGUACAUAAAUGAUAGUUAUCGUUAUUAUCCAUCACAUAUUCCAACAAUUGAAAGACUUGCUGCUUAUUACAUAGAAACUCAAGUCUAUGAAAAGGCGACUCGUUAUUUGGAAAAGGCUGCGGCAGUUCAGCCAAAUCAAGUUAAAUGGUAUUUAAUGAUCGCUGCUUGUUAUCGUCGGAGUGGAAAUUACCAACAAGCUCUACAAUGUUACAAAAUGAUCCAUCGUAAGUUUCCAGAUAAUCUUGAAUGUGUCAAGUUCUUGGUGCGAAUUUGUCAAGAUUUGGCCUUACCUGAGUAUAAUGAAUUCUACGAUAAGCUGAAGAAAUUGGAAAAGGUGAGAGAAUCGAGAGAAAGAAAGUCACAAAGCGGUCGAUCUCAGCGAAGUGGUUCACGAGCUUCCUCUAACAAUAAUCGAACCUCAGCUGAAAGUUCAAGAGGAGAUUCAGCUUCUAGCAACAGCUCAGGAUACGUCACCUCAGUUUCGAUUAACUCUAAAAAUGGAAACAAAAAGAAAUCAAUAUUUGAUCUGAUCGAAAAUAAAGAAGUCGAUGAUGAAAAUAUUCUUGAUGACGAAACUGGACCUUUACAAAGACCAACAACUUCGUGGAGGAAACGAAAUGAAGAUGAUGAUUUUACAAACGAUGAAAUCGUUGACAUUUUACCAGAAUAAUUAACCAUAAACAACACGAAAAUCAAUCGCUAAUCAUAAUCUAAAAAUCACUUUGCACAAUCAAAUUUAAUCAGUUCUCUUACAGUUAAUCCUGUUAAUUAAUUUGUUCAAUUGUUUCGCAAAACCUGUUGACUUAAUUACGAUUAUAACAUAUAAAUUAUAUCGAUCUGCGUUGAAUUUGUUACAAUUAUGUUACAUCCAUUUCUUAAUUAAUACAAUAAAAUUGUUCAGUAAACUGA